AUGGAAAUCACCUUUGCUUUUACUGCAAAUAUUCAAGAAUAUUCUGAGUAUCAAGGAGAAGAAGAAGAAUUAGUAUUUCCUGGCGUUUGUUUCACUGUUGAACAUAUGGAGUUUGAUGAAAUGAAGAAGAAAUAUCUGAUCUACCUGAAUUUAAAGCAACGCUUCAAUAAAUCCGCUGUACAUGAAACACAUAUUAAUCAUAAAAAAACGUCGAUAGACAGUGAUUCUGAUCGUGAUGCUUAUUAUGCUGCUCGUCGAACAUCUGUUGCUGUUGCUGCUAUAGAUACAGGUUAUCUUGAUCGUGACAUUUACGUUCGUGAUUACAAUACUGAUGAAUAA